UGGAUUUGGGUAAUGGAAACUUUCAGGUACGUUUACUAGUGCGCAAAAUGCAGUGGGCAUGAAUUUCAUUUCAUAUCCUUUAUUUACGCAGCGUUUACGUGUCGUCUCCAAUUUUCACUUUUCUUCUUUAAGACCUCCAUUAUUGUGGGUCUUUAUAUAUCCGUUCCAUCUCCGAAUGAAUCAGAUAUUUCUGGAGUUAAUUUCUGCAGUAGGUUUUGAGUCUUUUCUUUGCAAUUCUAUUCAAAUAUGGCCUUGUCUUCUUGCUUUCUCAACUCUCAAUUCUCAAUCAAGAUUGACCGCUCCGGAUUGGGCUCCAAAACUUUGAGUAACUUCCAAACUAGCCAAAAAUGUGCCUUUGCUCUUAAAAGCAUCAACACGGAAAUGUUCGGUCAACAAGUUGUGGGAAUGGGCAUCAAGCAAGGCAUUGGAUGGAGUUUUCUAGGAGGAUCAAGAAUCAUCAGUAGACCAACUCUUGGAGGAAAUGUUCUGUGUAAAAAACGUUCAGCGGUAUAUGCUUCAUGGUUGCCAAGUGCUCAGAUUGCUAGUGGUGCUUUUACAUUGGGAACAGCUGCUGUUCUUCCAUUUUACACGUUCAUGGUUGUAGCACCAAGAGCUGAGUUUACAAAGAAAAUGAUGGAAAAUGGCAUACCAUAUAUUGUUCUUGGAAUUUUAUACGCUUAUCUACUCUGCCUAUCCUGGACACCUGAUACGAUUCAGCUGAUGUUUGCGAGUAAAUACUGGCUGCCAGAGCUGCCUGGUAUAGCUAAGAUGUUCUCCAGUGAGAUGACAUUGGCUUCUGCAUGGAUUCACUUACUGGCUGUAGAUCUUUUCGCUGCAAGACAGGUUUAUUAUGAUGGACUUGAGAACAAUGUAGAGACCCGGCAUUCAGUUUCUCUCUGUCUGCUAUUUUGUCCCAUUGGAAUUGUUAGUCAUUUCAUCACCAAAGCUCUAACCAACCAUACAGAUAUAACAGAGGGGAUUCAGUGAUGAAGAAACAGUUUACAUUGAUUUCGAUGUGGAGAUGAAAUUUUCAUGUAAUUGUCAAGAGUUGAGAUUUUUCAUCUACUAUAACUAGUUUAUGAAUAUUUAGUUAGUUACCGAAUCAAUUCUCAGUAGUGGGAUAUGCAAUCUUUCUUUUUUUCUUU